GCCGCCUUUCCUUGUAAAUUGCAUUUGUCUAGGUUUGAACACGAUACAUCUAAUGGCGUAUCCCUCCAUAAGACCUGCGUCCUAGCCCCUAGUAUUGACCAACCAACAGAGUGACCAGCUUUCACAGAGAGAGAGAGAGAGAGAGAGAGAGCUUCAUGGCAGCUGGGUAGGACGAGCUGUGGGGAAAACUAGCGUGGGGCGGGCGCCAAACGAGGUAUAGCAGUAAUCGCCUACCAACUGUUUGAUGAUUUGCUCCUUAGAGAACUUUCUUGCUCAAAUCGAGAUACAGCAGUAUUACUCUUUACUAUAAUGUUCUCAAAGAGAGGAAUCGCAUUUGCUUCGGCACUGUCUCCGCAUUUCCUUUCAAGGGCUGCUCGUAACUUUUGCUGCAAGCCAACCACCACAACCAUCAUUCCCAUAGCAGAUCAUUCCGGGAAAGUUGCCAAUUACUCUAGUAGCUUUCAUCUUUCUCCUUUGUUCCCCUCCGACGAUUCUAAACCUCAUUCAGACAGUUACGAUACUGAGCUUGUUGAUCAUGUGGCAUGGCAAGUUUCAUCCGGUUUGGCAUUGGCAGGGGGAGGAAUGCAGGGGUCUGCAUUGGACUCAAGUUCGUUAUCUGAUGAAGUGGUUGAUGAGCCAAUUGAUACUUGCUCAGUACCUGUUGAAGGUGACCCGGACUGUGAUGACAUUGACAACAUGAGAAUUCGUGGCCAUCUGUUCUUUAAACUCGACCGCGAUUCCAAAGAGUUUGAGGAGUAUAAUUUUAACUUCCAUCGCAGGAAGAAGUCUUCUAAGCAAAAGGAUGAUCCAAAGGAAAGUAAAAGGAAGGAUAAUGAGUUAAAGGACAGCAAAAGAGACUACCUAAGUCUUGACUUGCCCUCCAGAAGCGAGAAACAAUCUAGAAUUGUGAACGAUUCUCCACUUGAUGAAUUGGGCACUAUUUCUGUUGGGAAGAAGAAACUGAGGAGUCCGACCUAUAAUCAGCUAACGGGUCCUUUCCAUGAGCCAUUUUGCCUAGACAUUUUCAUAUCAAAGGCUUCUGUUCGUGCGUGCAUCAUUCACCGAGUGACCAGUAAGGUUGUUGUUGUGGCACAUUCCAUAUCGAAGGACAUGAAGUUUGACCUUUGUUCGACUAGGAAUGCAGCUGCUUGUGCUGCUGUGGGGGAAAUUCUCGCGCAGAGGGCAUUGGAUGAUGAUAUCCAUGAUGUGAUUUACACACCUAGGAAGGGGGAUAAAUUGGAGGGUAAGCUUCAAAUUGUGCUUCAGUCUGUCAUUGAUAGUGGGAUUAAUGUGAAGGUGAAGUUAAAGCAAAUAAACAGGAAGAAACGUAGUUCCUCGUAUGCAACUUAGGAAGCUGGUUUAGACAAUUUCAACAACAAAAAACUCCUCGUGUUGGAAACUACUUUCGUUCGAGCUAGGAGAGGGGACUGCCCUGCCCUCCCUUUCUGAGAGAUGAGGACUUGCAACAACCACCAUGAUGGUGUAACUAUUUAAGGUACUAGGUAUUCACCCCUCUUUUAUUUGCACAGCCAACCACGGCACGAGAGGAAUUCAUCGAGUGGACUGCAGUCCCUUAAUCCCCUAGCAUUGUUUAAACAAAUUUACUCUUGUGGAACUAUUAGCGUAAAUUUUUCUUCUUUGUAAUGUAUAAAUAAUGAUCAGUUCUCUCUC